AUGUCUCCAAACUACGACACGGCUGCAGAGGAGCUGCCUUUUGUACCAGGCCAGAUAAUCAAGGUGGUAGGAGAUAAAGACCCUGAUGGUUUCUAUCAUGGUGAGUCUGGUGGCCUCUAUGGUUAUGUGCCAAGCAACAUGGUGGCUGAAAUCCCAGUGGAUGACGAAUAUCUGAAGCAUCUACUCAUGCAGCAGGGAUUCCUCCCAGUGGACAAUACAGGUAUGUCUGUAACACCAGAUCCAAGCGACAUAGGCAGUAUUCCUGAUGAUGCGAUUGUUCGUAGAAUGGUGGCCUUAUUUGACUAUGAUCCAUGGGAAAAUUCACCCAACAUGGACAGUGAAGAGGAACUUGGCUUUAGUGCAGGAGACAUCAUAUAUGUUUUAGGUGAAAUAGAUCAAGAUGGAUUCUACUAUGGAGAUGUAAAAGGACGACGGGGUUUGGUCCCAUCAAACUUUCUGCAGCCGCUACCGUGGGAUUAG